ACUUGACACCUUUGUGUUAUAACCACUAUACUGAUAUGGUGACUAGCACAUGUUUAUAUCUUUGACAGAAGUCAUAAACAUAAAGCCAUGUGACUGUCGGAAUUUUUCCCUCCGGCAAUCCGCUGGCAGUACAAAAUCCGAAAUUUGCAGCAGACAACUGAAACUCGAUUUGCAAGUCUUGUUGAAUGAUAUAAAAUUAAUUGUUCGGAAACAGCAUGGCUGAUUGUGAAAUGGAAACUAACCGAGCGAUAAUGCUCACCGGCUUUGGCGGUUACGAUAAAUUAAAAAUCCAAAGCAUCUCAAGAAAACCAGCAGAUGAAAAUCAUAUAGUUGUUGAAAUAAAAGCAUGUGGUAUGAACUUUUCUGAUUUGUAUGUAAGACAAGGAAUCUAUACCUAUAAGGGUAUGAAACCUCCAUUUGUUCUUGGUAUGGAAGCCUCGGGCGUUGUGUCAGAAAUUGGACCUAAUGUUACUGAAUUUAAAAUAGGAGAUCGUGUUUUGUGUUGGAAUUAUUCGUAUGGAAUGUGGGCUGAAUUUGUACACAUUCACAAAUCUCAGUGUUAUCCAAUACCUUCAAAUAUGACUUUUGCUGAAGCAAAUGGAAUUGUAAAUAAUUACUUAACAGCCUAUUUGGUUUUGAUGGACUUUGGAAAUUUAAGACCAGGGCAGAGUGUCCUCAUUCAAGCAGCUGCAGGAGGAGUAGGUUGGGCUGCCACACAAAUUGCAAAAAGUGUAGGAAAUGUAACAGUCUUUGGAACAGCAUCUGCAAGCAAACACGAAUUAAUUAAAGAAAAUGGAGUAACUCAUGCUAUUGACUAUCAAAAUUGUGACUUUGUAGAUGAAGUCUUAAAGAUUGCUCCUCGUGGUGUUGAUGUUAUUCUAGAUUGUCUAUCUGGCAAUGAUUUCAUAAGAGCUCAAAAAUGCUUGAAAAGUAUGGGGCGUAUUGUACAUAUAGGUAUCAGUAGUAUGAUUACUGGCGAGAAAAGAAGUAUCUUAAGGACUCUAAAAGUUUGGUGGCAAACUAAAAAUGUUAAUAUUUUGGACAUGAUCACCAAAAACCAUGCUGUAUGUGGGUUGAGUAUCAAUAAUCUUUUUGAAAAUGAUCCUGAUGUAUUUAGAGCUACUCUUGAAAAGGUGAUGCAACUGUAUGAAGAAGGAAAGAUUAAACCCAGAAUUGAUUCAUUAUGGUCUUUUGAUGAGGUAACAGAAGCUACAAAAUGUAUGGUGGAAAGAAAAAAUAUUGGAAAAAUCAUAUUGGUGCCAAAGAAAGAAGAUAAUCUAUCUAAAGUGGAAUUGUAUCAAAAUUAACUUGGGCUGAAGUUUAUAAUGCAUCUUUAUAUUCUUGCAGCUAUUUUUUUUUAUCCAUUUUUAAGUUCAUUUUGCAUUGUAAUGUCUGUUCUUAACAUAUUUAGAAGGGUGGUAUUUUCAGAUGUGGUUUGCCAUGAAAUGUAAAAUGACAUUUUUUUAAAUUCCAGCUCUUCAAUUUUUUAAAAUGCUUUUAGUAUAAACAAAGAAAAAAAGAAUGUCAUUUAAGAAAAUAAUUCUCAUUUAUAUUACAGAGAGAAAUUUUAUUUCUGAAUUUACUGCCAGUACUUUUGAGUAAUUUUGUGUGCAUCUUCUCUUCUUUGAGUCUCAGAAUUCGGGCAGUUAUACAAUGUAAUUUUAUUUGCCCCUCUUCUCUAAUUCUGUCUUUCAUUAAAUGUACAUAAAAAGGCCUUAAAUUUUAAAAUUUCAUUGUUGAAUUACUCUUUCUUGUAGCAUUUACAAGUGCCUUAUAAAUAUUUAGAAUGUGCCAAUUUUUACUGCCAUGUAGUGCUUACAGAAAGAAUUGUUUCAUAAUUUUGAAAAUUAUGAGCUAUGUAAAAUAGUUCACAUUUCUGUGCUUUUAUACUAUUUUUCUAUGCUUUUAUAUUACUUAUUUCAUUUUUUACUUAUUUUUAUAUACCUUUUUAUUGUAUCUCAUGUUAAUUA